AUGAAUACCCCUGAACUCUCCUUUGGGAUCGUGAUUCUGCUCCAGUUCAGCAUUGGGAUCUCAUUGAAUAUAUUCCUUCUCCUAUUUUAUCUCCGUAUGCUCUCCACCACCCCAAGUUCUCCAGACUUGAUCAAUGCCCACUUGACUUUGGCCAACACCAUCAUCCUUUUCACCAGUGGGAUCCCAGACACCUUGUCAGCAUGGGGACUGAGGAAUUUCCUGAACACUGGUGGUUGUAAAAUCCUUAUGUAUCUGUACCGCGUGGCCCGGGGUCUGGCCAUCUGCAGCACCUGCCUCCUGAGCAUGUUCCAGGCUGUGACCAUCAGCCCCAGGACCUCCCGGUGGGCCCGGGUCAAAGCCAGGUUACCCCAGUGCAUUGCCCCCUCCUGCCUCUUGUCCUGGGGCCUCAGUCUGCUCAUUGAUUUUGAUACAAUGAUACUUAUGACAGGCCCCCAGAAUAGCAGCAGUGUUCAACUCAUGCUGGACCUCAAAUAUUGCUCCAAAGUCAGCGUCAGUGUGGAAACCACCCUGCUCAUCGCCAUCGUGCCCUCCCUCCGUGACCUUGUCUUCGUGGGGCUCAUGAGCGUGGCUAGCGGGUACAUGGUGUUUGUCCUACACAGGCACCACCGGCAGUUCCGAUACCUCCACUCACCCAGACGGUCCCCCAGGGUGAUGCCCGAGGUCAGGGCGGCCAAGAGGAUCGUGGCCCUGGUCACCCUUUACGUCUUCCUUUACGGACGGCAGACCAUCAUGCUGAGCAUCAUAUUAAACAUGAAAGAGAAGUCCCCUCUGUUGAUUAAUAGUCAUUUGGCUUUUCUGCUCACUUUCUCAGCCAUCAGUCCAUUUCUGAUGAUUCACAGUGACAGAAGGAUGAAAAAAUUCUGGGUGAGGUAA